UGAAAUGGGUGAAUGGGAUGUGCUGGGCCGCCUGCUGGAUAAAGUGCAGAGCCACUCCACGGUGAUCGGCAAGGUCUGGCUCACCGUGCUGUUUGUUUUCCGCAUCCUGGUCCUGCGCACCGGCGCUGAGAGGGUGUGGGGCGAUGAGCAGUCCGACUUUGUCUGCAACACUCAGCAGCCCGGCUGUGAGAACGUCUGCUACGACCUCGCCUUCCCCAUCUCUCAUGUUCGCUUCUGGUUCCUUCAGAUUAUUGCGGUGGCGACGCCGAAGCUGCUAUACCUUGGUCACGUCCUUCAUGUGAUCCACAUUGAGAAGAAGGUGAAGGAGAGGAUGAAGAAGCAGGCCGAGUUGGAUGACCAGGCCAGUCUCUUCCUUAGGAGGACCUACAAAGUUCCCAAGUACACCAAGAGCACCGGCAAGAUCAGCAUCCGCGGGCGUCUCCUUCGCAGUUAUGUCCUUCAUCUCGUGGCCAAGAUCAUCCUGGAGGUCUUGUUCAUCCUGGGUCAGUUCUUUCUCUACGGUUUCACCCUCCAGACUCGCUACGUCUGCACCCGCUUCCCGUGCCCCCACAAGGUGGACUGCUUCCUGUCCAGGCCUACAGAGAAGUCGGUGAUCAUCUGGUUCAUGCUGGUGGCGGCGGUCGUGUCCCUCGUCCUCAGCGUGGUCGAGUUGUUCUACCUGUGCGUGAAAGGCGUGAAGGAGUGCAUGGCGAGGAGGCAGGACUACACCGUGACCCCGGUGACGCCUCCGCUGUCGGGAAGGAAAGCUUUUAAGAGCCGCGGCGAGAUGAUCCAAAACUGUGUCAACCUGGAGCUGGAGCUCCAAGGGCGAAAGCUGGGGGUGAACGGGGUCACGGGCGGGGUCGUCGAGGUUGCGAAGAACGUGUCGCCUGAGGACAACAACAUGGGGGAAGUCCACAUCUGACACGUGGAGGCGGUCAUAGGUUGUACGUGUCAGAUUCAACCCCCAGUUCCUGUAUUUGUGUGCUUUGGUUUGUCAGGAAAGUGGUGUGUGUGUGUGUG